AUGGCGUCUCGCGGCUUGUUGUGCAGAGGUGUCGGUGUGUUUCAGCUCAGUAGAAAGGUACCGCUGCUGUCCGCUUCUCGGUGUUGCUCUCAGACCGAACCGGAACCGCUGACAGUGAAACUACAAAACAACGGAAUCAGGAGGAUAAUUUUGAAUAAUCCCAAGAAAAGGAACGCUCUGUCUCUGUCCAUGCUGGAUUCUCUCAGAGAGAACAUCCUGACUGAUGCUGACAGCGAAGACCUCAGAGUUAUUAUCAUAUCUGCCAAAGGGCCAGUGUUUUCUUCUGGACACGACUUGAGGGAGCUGACAUCAGCUCAGGGACGAGAGUAUCACACCAAGGUGUUUGACACCUGCACAGAGGUGAUGACUCUCAUACAAGACAUACCGGUUCCGGUGAUAGCCAUGGUAAAUGGUGUUGCCACGGCUGCCGGUUGCCAGCUCAUUGCCAGCUGUGACAUCGUCGUGGCGACAGAGAAGUCCACCUUCGGCACUCCGGGGAUUAACGUGGGUCUGUUCUGUUCGACACCGGCAGUGGCUAUCGGCAGAGCAGUGCCGAGAAAGGUUGCCAUGGAGAUGCUGCUGACAGGAACCCCUAUCUCAGCUCAGGAUGCUCUGCUGCACGGUCUGAUCAGUAAGGUGGUGCCAGAGCAACGGUUGGAGGAGGAGACGUUAGCCAUUGCUCAGAGAGUGUGUCGAACCAGUCGACCUGUUGUAGCUCUCGGUAAAGCCACUUUCCAAAGACAAAUGUCUCAAGGCAGAGAUGCAGCGUAUGCCACCGCCUCCAAGGUGAUGGUGGAUAACCUGGCUCUGAGGGAUGGGCAGGAGGGGAUCCGGGCCUUCAUAGAAAAACGCAAACCAGUGUGGAGCCAUAAAGCUGAAAAAGCCCAUGAUUGACCAGCACUUGGAGAGACCCUGAUUUAAUGAUCACCUUCAUUGGUACACGUAGUUUUCACUAAUUGAACUCAAUCUUUUGUUAACAGGUUGACUUUGCUGCUAUUUAAAUAAACAACAUCAUUAUAUAGACAUAAGUUGAUAAGAUGUCAUUU